AUGGAAAAUAAAGCAAAAGAAGAAAACUUGGAUAAUUUUUUAACACAAUUGAAUACAUUAAAUAAGAUUAUUACUUCUUUUAAAGAAACGUGUAAGAUUUCAUCCUACUGUUUUGAUAAAUGUGUUAGCUAUCCAGAAAAAAGUUUAAGCAAUACAAAUAAAAAGUGCAUAUGGAAUUGUACACAAAGAUAUAUUGAAUGUGAAUAUUUUAUAAAGAAUCGUUCAAAAGAUAAUCAGAGCUUAUCUAAUUUUGAAUUGAUUAAAAAUAUGAAUAGUUCAGAAAAUUUAGCUGAACUGAAGAACGAUAAUAAUAAAACAGAAAAUUUUGUUUUAAAAGAUUAA